CACUUUGUUCGGACUGUUCCAGUUACCCAGCUUCACCGGAGCGUCACAGCCACUCUAACUCAAACCGGUGCGCAAGCCAUGACGGAUCCCUAUCAUAGAUACGGCUCUCCGCCGGAACGAGGGAGUGUAGCAAAGUCCAAUUUUCCUGGUUACUUAACAUCCGAGCCGCCAUCGUUGCUAUCGAAUCACAGUUUUACCCCGACUGAUUUGCGGAGCUAUUCUUCGGAUUUUCUGCAGAGAGAUAAAUCAUUGGGGUUAGUGCCGUAUGGUGUAGAUGAUAGUGUGGGCGGUAGAGUUCGGCCUGAUACGGGUGUUGGUGUGACAGCAGAGUCUAGUUUAUAUGAUCCUUUGGAAGAUAGUUACCGAAGCCAGAGACAGGGUGUUGCUGUGAGAUCAAUGGUCCCGGGGGUUUAUGGUGUAGAUGCUGUGAGUGUCAGCGUUCAUGCUGAACCUGGUCUUGCUGUAACAGCAGGGGCUGGUUAUCCAUCUCCUUUAGGAGCUCAAAGUUUACUGAGCCAAAGACACGAGGUUGGAGUGGGCAUUGGUCCAAGUGUUUCCACGGACAUUAGUAGAGAAAGGUCUGUGCCUUCGAGGAGUGGAGAUGGUCUCCCAGUACUAAAAGGGGAAUCAAACAUUUUGUUUGUGGAUGGACUUCCCACUGACUGUACCAGAAGAGAAGUAGGCCAUCUAUUUCGUCCAUUCAUUGGCUACAGAGAAAUCAGAGUAGUUCACAAGGAGCCUAGACGUAGUGGAGAUAAGGCAAUGGUUUUAUGCUUCGUGGAGUUCGUGGAUCCAAAGUGUGCUUUGACUGCUAUGGAAGCUCUACAAGGUUACAAGUUUGAUGACAAAAAACCCAAUUCCCUUCCAUUGAGGAUUCAAUUUGCACAUUUUCCGUUCCGUCUACCAUCUGAUUCUAAUCAGAAACGAAGUGGAAGCCGACACUGAUGAAAAAAGGCUGUUAUGAAACCCCUUGUCUUUGUCCAGAGAUGAGCAAAUUUUAUGAAAACAGAGUCAGCGAAUUGUGUAAAUCAACAAUUAGAAGUUUAGAAUGAUAUGGCAUGAUAGAUGAGCAGCUCAAUACAAGGGAGGGCCUUGUAUUUAGACUUGCCCACUGACUGACCUCUUCAUGGUUGUAGUUUAGGACAGGAAUCUGAGAGAGGCUGGCUGGAGCCUGUCUCAUGAUGCCUUUGUUUGACCUACCUUUUGCAUAUCAGCCAUUGACGUCUAGGUCUUAGUUUCGUAUGGAUGGAAAUGAGAAAGAGCCUGUCUCAAGAUUGCAAGGUUAUUGUUGAUAGAAUCAAAGAGGCAAUACUAGUUUCUGAAGCUUUAUAUGAAUUAUGAAGACGCAAGGUUUCAGGGUGG